AUGUUUAGACCGUUCAACUUUAUCUGUCUCUGCUGGAUUUCUGUGUCUGUCCUUCUAUAUGGACUUGAAGCUUUUGCUUCUAACAUUUCAACCCAGAUUCAGCUUCCAAAUGUGACUGCUGUUCAAGACCAGGAGGCUACAGGCUGGGAUUCACCAUUUCUUCAGCUGAGAGCCAGUCUGCCGUCCUUCUCGCAGCCAAUCCGUCCUUACACUCUGCUGACAAACACUGAAGAUCAUCACUCCAUGCCCCAACCCAGACAUCGCCGGCCUUCUCGCCUUCUGCGGCUUCUGGGAUCCUCUUUUGACCCAUUCUGGAUGUCCAUAGAGCAGCCAUCUGAGGCCUCUGGGAGUCACAGUAAUGGUCGACUUAUGUUGGGUGGAGACACACUGCCUGCCAAGUUACCCAGCUACGUCAAAGAGAAGUCUCACCUGAAUUCUUCUCCAGAGCUGAGAGAGGCUGCAGAAAAUAAUCGCCGGAAGCUAGAGAAGGAAGCUGCAGGUCUGGACUUCAGUUCUCUGCCCUCAGAUGUUGCCAGUUCACUUCAGUCCUGGCUGGUGCACUCUGCCAAAUGUGAGUUAUACUACCAAUGGAUGGAUCUGGGUCCAGUUUUUUGGCCUCGUUGGUUGCGGCAGACUGAUUGUGAAAGAUCCGACAGAGUGCGAAGUUGCUCCUUUCCCAGUGGGAUGAAGUGUGUGAGAGCUCAGACAACACACAUAAAGAUUCUGGCUUGGCAUUGCCUGGAAAUCAGAGAUGAAGAUGAAAGAUUCAGAAAGACAAAGGGUGAAAGGUAUAAUGGCAGCACAGAAGUGGGAACGAGUGACACAAUGAAAAGGUGUUUAUGGAGACAAGUGCCUUAUCCUGUUGUUACAGCAUGUACAUGUUCAUGCAAAUGA